AAAACUAAAAUUCUUGGAAAAAUAGCUAUAUUGCACUACGACAUCGACAGGGAUUACACCUUUAAUUCAGCCCUUGGUUAUCAUAAUGGAAACGUUGAAUGUUGCGCUUUGUGAGUUCAGUUCCUUCUGGCGCCAGCGAUCAGUGAAUAGUAAAUUCCAUUACUAGUCAUGGAAAGCCUAGGGGAAUCUCUAAACGACUCGGAUACACACCACGUUAACCCCUCUGCCGCACGUAUUGUUCUGGUUUGUUGCCUUUACCUGCCCUUUGCCGCCUUGACGGUCACUGGGAAUAUUUUCGUUCUCGUCGCGUACAAGCGGGACGAACGCAUAAGGAAGAAUUCAACGAAUACCUACAUCUUAAAUCUUGCCAUAGCAGAUUUACUUGUAGGAUUGGUCAUGUUGGUUAACGCCCCGACAUACGUCACAGACGAUUGGUAUUUCGGACAAACGGUGUGCAUCAUUGUAUGGGCUAUCGAUUUCACGUCGACCGAUAUGUCGGUCAUUACCAUCAUCGCAAUCAGUCUUGAUCGAUACCUAAUGGUUAGGAACACAAUGCGUCAUCGUGCUCGGCAGUCCCGACGACGAAUAGCUCAAAUCUUUAUCGUGGUUUGGACCGCGUGCCUUUUUAUUCAUCUAUGUAUAGCAUUCCUCUAUUCGGCUAUCACGAAAUAUAAAUACCUGAAAUAUCAAACUUGCAAUCUGGAAUACAGGAGGGACAAAAUUUUAGUCAUAUCCAUGUUCUUAGUAGAGUUCGUUGUGCCAGUGACGUGCCUCUUUCUACUGAACACAAAGGUUUUCAUGCAUAUACACCGACAAGGGAGUAGGAUCAAACUCAGUCGAAAGGCGCAAACGGUUGCAUUUGAUCCUACCAUCAACCUUGGCAAAGAUACAGCAAGUGGGCUUUACGAACCGAAUGCCAUUUCUUUAACAUCCUACAGGGUACUUUGUAGCCAAAGUGGAAUCACGUACGAGGUACCGACUUGCGUCGACUCUUUUGAACCAUCGUCUUACGCGCAAACGAUACUGUCGGAUGACCUCAGGUCACAGAGCACCUCGCGUACCAGGGACAAUGAGAUUCGCGUUCAUCGAUUCGCACAAGCGCGCUCGCGUCACCACAAAGCAGCUAAGCUUCUUACCGCUCUGCUUAUCGUGUUCAUCAUUAGUUGGCUCCCGUAUUACAUAUACGAUUGCAUUGUUCUUAUCAAUGGGGAGGAAUCAGCGAACGAGGCCGUGACACAGAUAUUGACCUUCAUCCUCUGGGGGAAUUCGGCUGUUAAUCCCCUUUUGUAUGCGUUCACCAAUAUCCACUACAAGCAGAAUUUCAUGCAAUUUCUACAUCUAAGGAAAGGCAUGCACGUCAUCAACGAACGGCCUACUUUUCAUUAGAAUCGCAAUUGCUAGAACUUGUUAAGAAUGAUUAUGUGAAGCUCGUGCAACAGGGUAUUCAGUAAUCAUUUCUACAAAAAUUGAUAAUUUAUACUAUGCAUUCCGAAUAUUUCAUCAAGCAUUGUUUGUUGCACAGUGUGUAUGAUUUUGACUUACCUUUUCAUCUGAAGAUCGAAUUCUGCUUCAGGCAUUACUUUCAUUAAGCAAGAAUUCUGUCUAUAUUGGCUUCACUUCUUCCACCUGAGGUGAAUGGUUUACACGUAAGAAUUUAUUACAUGAAUGUAAAAUGCAGCCCAGCUACACCUGAGAUAUUAACACGAUCACUGUAAAGUAACUGCACUUCGUGAAAUGAACUCUUAUCAUUCUCAUCUGUGUUGGUCAAUGAAACCUAUUUGCUGUUUCCUCGUGCUGCACUUUAAUCCAACUAGGAUUUUUCUUGCCACAACUUUAUUAAUAAAAAAGUGCCACAUUCAACCAAGGUCAAAGCACGUAACAAUAAUGAUAUACAUGUGCGAUAGACACAUUAGAGCUCAUUUGUUUUCAUAUUUCUUUUAAUUGCAUUAAACAAGAAAGGUUUGCAACUGGGGCCGCGGAACAGCUUUUAAAGUGUGUGUGUGUGUGUGUGUGUGUGGGGGGGGGUGACCAUGCAAAAAAUCGCAAUCAGAUGGUAAUUGUCAAAAAAUUUCUAUCAUUUAUUACAUUUUUUGCUUGAUUUCAAUCACACGAUCCGAUUCCUACACUGUUAUGGCUAGUCAUCCAUCUGUCUCUAUUCUGAAUGGAAAUAAGUAUUCUAGGAAAUUAGGUACGUGAACACCAGUUUUAUGAAAGUGUCAAAUACGUCUUUUUUGGAUAAUCUAAUCUUCACAAUCAAAAAUAUUUUUUGGCGCCGUCAUCCCCGUAAAAAGAACCUUUUUGCCUUUUUAACAUCCUUUAUCAAAAUACCCUACCAUGCCUAUGGCCCCUCUUGUUCAAAUGCAUCGUAUACUAUUUAAGUUUAUUGCUAGUUCUUGUAUUAACUUAGGCAUAUUUGUUUCUUUGAUGGUUGGGGAGGGGGAGGUCUAUCCCCUCACCAAGUCAACGCUAGAUUUCCCUAAAAAUUAAGGCAUACUGUAAAAAAAAAAUAUGCCGAAUCUUAUUAUCUGAUUGAUAAAUCAAUUAGGAACAAAUCAACGAGGUAGGGUAAAAUAUAAGACAACAUAAUCGAUAAUAAAAUGAAAAGGGAACCCGUCGGAAAUUAUUGCUUAUUAAUUAAUGUUUCCUUGAAUAAAUGAAUAAUUGACAUAUUAAUACAAACUGAAACAUAUAGGACAGAUGCCCGUAGAAGAAACUGAAUUAUACCAUGCAGGAUGAGAUCAACAGAGUAAUCCUGACAUUAAAUUUAAUAACAAUCUUCAAAAAGAACUUCUUAAUAUUUUAAGGAUUUCUUCUUCAUUACGGGACCCCACCAUUAACAUAAUUUAGCGGGGAAAUAUAUGAGUAGUAAACUAUUGGUAGUUAUAUGCAUGUUUUUCAUUGGAGCAAUGCAUAACUCCCCCUUUUUUUUAAGGGUCUCUAGACAUGUCAAAUAUUAACAAGGUGGUCAUUUAGAUAACUAAUUUGAUAAAUAUCAUCCCUGGGGUGGGUACUAAGCGUGUCGGGAGCUUAAUUGCGUCCAUUUUAACGACAGUGUUAUAAAAAAUAUCAAUUAUGCACGGCACAAUAAUGAAUUGCAAUCUGUAAUCAAGCGUGGAUGCCUUGAACAAUGGUUUGUGUGGAUCUGAAAAUUGGAAAAUAAAGAAAUUAAUAACUCUAUAUGU